AUGCGUCAGCCCGUACCCUCAACUGUCGGACAUCAGACGGCCGUUUCUCCCGGCGAAUCGAGACUUUCGAUCAACAUCAGUCUUUCUUCUUCUUCUUCUUCUUCUUCUUCUUCCACCUCCGCCUCCGUCGCCAGCUCCGGGGCCGCUGGGUCAUCCGUCCCUUCAGAGGACGCCAAAGAUUACAUUUGCACGGCUUGGCACGACCUCGGGCCCGAACUGCCCGGCGGCCUUGCUGCGGGUCUGUCGGAUUCGCGAGUUCUGGUCGCGCCUCGUCUAGACGCCAGUCGAGCGGACUCGGAUCGCUCGCACCAGAUCGCCUUUCGCAUCUACGGGCCGCCCAGUUCUGUACCUCCAAAAGGAGGCAGUCUUCUGCCGGCCUCGUCGCUUCCCGUCCAUGGCGGCCUGGCGACAGGCGCAUCACGUCCGCCGGACACAGACGUGGCCCAGUCGAGGCGACCGAGCAUGCCAACCAGCUCGACGGGUCUGAUUCCGCUGCCCGACGGACGACCCUAUGCCUAUCUCUACGUGAAACGGUUCACUCUGCUCGAGAUGGUCGGCGCAGUCGUCGGCACCUUCACCGGCACUCUGGUUCUGCUCUACUUCUUCUCUCGCUGCCGCCGGCCGCUGCAUGGAGUCUGCGACGACGUCUGGAGGCAGCGAGCUCAGUCAAAGUCGCCGCAGACGACCAAACACCUUCUCGCCCACGGGCACUCUUCGGUAUCUUCUUCGGUCGUCGCCGGAAUGGAGCAGAACAGUCGACUCGUGCUGGCCGGACCGGCCGGACUGACCAUCUCGACGGGCGAAGUGAAGCGACCCACCAUCACCGCUCGGAGUCCCCGUACCGACGGCCCGGCCGGGAGCGGCGUCAGUCCGUCCAGCAGCCUCGUGGCAACCGGAGAAGCUGGGGCGGCGGGGAUGCGCGAACUCGGCCCGACGCCGCGACCCGUCCACGCCCAUCUGCCCAGCCUGCCGAACUCAGGAGGCCUGACGACGGUGGCCACAACUCCGGGCCCCUACUGGCCGGUUGCCCCCGACUACGUGUACAGCGCCACCGGCAGCCACGAAUACGACAUACCGCGUCUUCUGCUCGACCAUCCUCUGCAGACCACGGCCCCGGCACCCUCGGACGGUCUGGCCCAGCUUCCGAUCGCUUCGCUUGGUCCGACUGUCGCCACCUCACCGCUCCUCCUCACCGGCCCGACAAUCAACCCCGCCUCGGCAACCGCUUUCAGUGCCACCCUCCUUCGACGCUACCAGCCCGCCGGACCGCUGGCCGCCUACGUCACCUCGUUGGCAACCUCUCCGACUCCGCCCAACUCCGUCACUCCGGCCGGACAUGCUCUUCUCUCCGCCUGGGAGAGUGUCUCUUCGCCAUCGUCGGGCUCUUUCACCGCCGCAACAACUGGUACAGGCUACAACAGUCCAACCCAUAUCAGAUUGACGGCACCGCGGUCCGGACUGCCGGCUCGAGGCUCCAGGUUGCCGGGCAUCCACAUGCAAAGCUGCGAGCCAGGCGGACAGGUGAUGGGUCCCGUUACGGAUGGACUAUUUGUUAAUCCUUCAAUCGCGUCACUGGCCGCGGCUGCGGCUAAUCCGACCACAACCAGCUCUUCUUCAAGCCAGCUCGACCUGGCUCUGGUGAUGGCAGCUGCCCAACUACAAUAUCAUCAUCAACAGCAGCAGCAGCAGCAGCAACAAAGCCUCGGCUUUCCGGCCUUCUCCGCGCAGUAUCCCUCGGCGGGACUCAACUCGUCGACACUGUUCAGUCCAUCACUUUCUUCGGGCCCAGUUUACUCUGCUGAAUUGAAUCCCAUUACAAACGGUGUAAAGCCGACAAACGGCGUUGCCAGUGGCCGACUGAUUAAUGGGACCCUAGCAACACCGAGUUCUGUGGAGUCUGGAGGCGGGAUUGCCCCACAGCCAAGGCAACCAAGGCAUUUUGUCUUUAGAGAGGCCUUGGGGCAUCACCAGAAAAGAGGCGCAGAAGCGGAAGAGGAGGAGGAAGAAGAUGAGGAAGAGGAAGAAGAUGAGGGUGAAGAAAAUGAGGAAGACAUUUGCAACCAUGAGGCUAUAGGUGGUCUGGCAAACUCGCAUGAACCUGUAGACGGUAGCGAAAUGGAAGCGGAAAUCGAACUGCCCUGUCGAGCAGACAGAAAGUCGCAUGACGCUCUGCUCUCGGCUCGAAUGCGGCUCUCGAAGAAGCAGUCAGCGCGGCAGGUGAAAUCUCAUCUGCUGCAAUACCAUUCAGGAUUAGACACCGGCGACCAAUCGAACAACUGGCUCCUUGGCCCCAAUUCCUCAGUUUCCUCGGCCUCCAUUCUCGGAGGCAUAGGUUAA